GAGCAGGAGCACCAGCGGAAGUGGGAACGCAGUGGCGAGCUGUUCGGAGGGGCGCCGCGGAGAGAGAGACCCACUGAGGCGGACAUUCCAGCCGGCUGCGCUCCUCAUGGCUUCCAGUUCCAACAUAGAUAUAGAGGGUGCGACGCAGCACCUUCGAGACAUCCUGAAACUGGACCGACCCAGUGGUUCAGCCGAGGCCAGUUCACCAGUUGAGAGCCAAAGAAAAACCUCCUUUAAUGGAGAGCUGAAUGGACUGCUGGGAGCUGAUCUUAUUGGAGCAGGAGUUCGGACUGCAGUGGUGGAACCAACGGCUCACAACUCGGAUAAAAUGAACACACAAGACAUUCAGACAAUUUCCUUGUCUGGGGAUGAUGGCUCUACGUGCGUUGCCAUCACUGCUGGCAACGUGGAGAUUAUCGCCAGCCGUGACUCCAGUAUUGAGAGUAAAGCUCGAGGGAGCAACAAGGUUAAAAUUCAACCAGUGGCAAAAUAUGAUUGGGAGCACAAGUAUUACUACGGCAAUCUAAUAGCAGUGUCUAAUGCAUACUUGGCAUAUGCCAUUAGAGGCACCAACAACCAUUCUAUGAUUCGGGUGCUGCGGCUGGGCUCGACAGAGCGGACCCUGCUGAAGGGCUUCACUGGGGCAGUCACAGAUCUAGCCUUCGCGCACCUUGACUCUAACCUGCUGGGCUGUGUGGAUGAGGCUGGUAACAUGUUCAUCUGGCAGCUCACCGGCCACGACAGCAAAAUACAAGACGAAGUGAUUGUGCACAUCCGGAGGCCUGAGGACACGCCGCUGAAUUCCAACCGCAGGCUCAUCUGGUGCCCCUUCAUCCCUGAGGACAAUGAGGAAAACCCGGAGGACUCAUGCCAGACCCUGGCCCUGCUGCAUGAGGACAGGGCAGAGGUUUGGGACCUUGAUAUCCUCCGUUCCAGCAACAGCUCAUGGCCUGUAGAUGCCACAGAGCUUAAAGAAGGCUUCAUAACCAUUAAAGGACACACAGCGCGCAUCAGCGAGGGAGCUCUGUCACCUGAUGGCACCGUCUUGGCCACGGCCAGUCACGAUGGUUAUGUCAAAUUCUGGCAAAUCUACAUCGAAGGACAGGACCAACCGAGAUGCCUACAUGAGUGGCAGCCCCAUAACGGAAGGCCUCUUUCCUGCCUCCUCUUCUGCGACAACCACAAAAAGCAAGACCCAGAAGUGCCGUUCUGGAGGUUCUUAAUCACAGGAGCAGAUCAGAACCAGGAGCUGAAGAUGUGGUGCACGGUAUCAUGGACCUGCCUGCAGACUAUCAAGUUUAGUCCUGACCCGUUAAACUCUAGUGUCCUGCCCAGCCUGAAAGCUAGUCUGGAUCUGUCUGCUGAGUACCUCAUCCUCACAGACGUGCAGAGAAAGGUCCUGUAUGUAAUGGAACUGCUCCAGGAUCAGGACAAGGGACGUGCAAGCUUCACUGCUGUCUCAGAAUUCCUGCUCACGCAUCCUGUACUGAGCUUUGGCGUCAAGGACGUCAGUCAUGCCCGCCUGCGCCACACCGAAGUCCUUCCCCCGGAUGAGGAGAGCGAAAGCAUGACUGCAGAAGGAAGCCAGGGACCCUCAGCGUCCAAAUCAGGAAUCCAGAUCAAGCUUUACUGCGUGCAUACAAAGUCCCUCCAGGACGUGCAGAUUUGGUUCCAGCCCAACCAGGGUGCUGCAGCCUCCCUCUUCAUGCCUCCAUGCUCCGGCUCCCAGGAUGGCUUUGGUUUUGCAGAUCCUCUGACAGAUCUGAGCGUUGAAGCACUGAGCUCGGAUAAGGAAUCCGGCGGAAGUGGCUCGCAGAGCGACUUGUGUAAAAUCCCUGCUCUGCCGGCUCCCGCUGAUUUCCUGAGUCCUGCUGGCUCGGCCAUGCCCAAACUUAUGACACCGGACGCCUUUAUGACCCCCAGUGCAUCUGUGCCAGCCUCCCCUGGCAGCAGUGCAAGCAGCUUGACUAUAGUAACAGCCAUGAGCGGCUCAGACAGUGGUGCAAGGGCUGCGGAGGACCUCACACAGAGCCCUAAGCUGUGUGCAGAUGGAGCCAGCAACAGCCUCGCCCUGAGUGCCAGCACCAGCAGCCCAAGAUCCAGCUCCAUCCUCAUCUCUAGCCUUGGUGAAAACAUCCAGGUGUUGCCCUCACCGAACCCUCCCCUCUCCCUGGACCUUCAAGCUAUUGAGCCCAUCAUCCUGCCCCAGGCCUCCCCCACCAGGGCCCGUUCCCCAGACGUCAUUUCGUCCGCCUCCACAGCCAUGUCGCAGGACAUCCCAGAGAUCGCCUCGGAGACGCUGCAGAGAGGUCUGGGGGGCACAGCAGCUGCCGAGGCACGCGACCCACUCCAGGGUCUCCAUGCAGACAGCAUGGCGUCGGCUGCCUCAGCCCUGCACCUGCUCUCGCCACGAAACCGCAACAGCUCCGAGCACAACUUGCUGCCGUUGGAACUGGGUGGAGGAGCCGGGGACAGUGAACAGAGACUCAGCAACACGCCAUCCCUGUUGGAGACGGCGCUGUCGCAGGAAAACGCCGCUGCAGCAGCUGCUGUCUCUUGUCCUGAUAGCGGUCCGAACCGCAGCUGGCCCGCAGCACCGGACAUCACACGUGAAACGCGCAACAGUCUGCGGGACAAUGGCCUGGGAGACUGCUCUAGAGAGGACCUGAAGGAAAGGCACAUGUCAUCCCCGUAUCACAGACGCACCUACCACCUUACCCAGAAUGACAGCCAGGAUGCCAGUGCAGAACAGAGUGAUCACGAUGACGAGGUGGCCAGUCUGGCAUCAUCCUCUGGAAACUGCGGCUCUCGAGCCUCUCACAGGCUCCCUGUGAAGGACUGGAAGACCUCACCUCGAGGCUCGCCAAAACUCAAGCGCAAGAGCAAGAAAGAUGAUGGUGAGUCUUUGCAGUGCAGACAGGCGGAUAACCAGCUGAGCGCAGAGGUGCAGGAGGAGCUGCUGCUGCUGCUCAGGAGCCAGCAGAGGGAGCUGUCUGAGCUGCGACAGAGCCAGCAGGAGCUGCUGCAGAGGGUUACGGGCCACAUGGACGCUGUUCAGAGCUCCAUUAUGGCCCACGUUGAGCAUGUCUUGCUCACGCAGCAGGAGCAAGAACAAAGGAGAAUUGAGCGAGUGUUGGCGGAGGGGCAUGCGCGUAGCCAACAGCUUCAGGAGCACAUGGCCCAGCAGCUGGCCCAUACUCUGGGCACCACACUCUCUAGCCGCCUGGACAAAGUGCUGCGCGAGGAGAUGAAGAAGACCGUUCCACAGACAAUUUCAAAGAGUCUGGAACCUGUCACUGGGCAGAUGAGUAACACUAUCGCCGCUAAGCUGACCACAGUGGAGGGAACACUAAAGGAAAACGUCAUCAAAGUUGUCAAGUCUAAGAAUACCACGGAUGCGAUUGGUCGGGCUGCAGCCGAGGCCAUGCAGGGUCCCAUCCAGGCAGCCUACAAAGAUGCCUUCCAGAGCAUUGUGCUCCCUGUGUUCGAGCGUGGCUGCCAAUCCAUGUUCCAGCAGAUCAAUGACAGCUUUAAACAGGGAACCCACGAGUAUAUUCAGCAGCUGGAGACGCAUGUCAAGAACAGGAAGCAGCGUGAGCAGGAUACACGAGACCCUGUUAUUGGUCAGCUACAACAGAUGAUUGACACUCUACAGAGUUCCCAAGAUCAGCUGGCCACCACUGUAGCAGCAAGUGUGCGCUCUGAGGUUCAGCACCAGCUCCACAUGAUUGUGGGAAAUUUGCAGGAUUCAAUCCUGACGCAGGUGCAGCGCAUCGUAAAGGGUGAGGUGAGCCUGGCCAUGAAGGAGCAGCAGGCAGCCGUCACCUCCAGCAUCAUGCAGGCCAUGCGCUCAGCUGCUGGGACCCCUGUGCCCACUGCCCACCUCGACUACCAGGCCCAGCAGGCCAGCAUCCUGCAACUGCUGCAGCAGGGCCAGCUCAACGAGGCCUUCCAGCAGGCCUUGUCCGCAGCUGAUUUAAACCUAGUAUUGUAUGUAUGCGAGACCAUCGACUCGCAGCAGGUGUUUGGCCAGCAUCCAUGCCCCCUGCACCAGGCUGUACUGCUCUCGCUCAUCCAGCAGCUCUCCACCAGCCUGGCCACACGCACAGACCUCAAGAUCAGUUAUCUUGAGGACGCAGUGAUGAACUUGGACCACGGGGACCCGGUCACCAGAGACCACAUGAGCGCGGUGUUGUCCCAGGUGCGGCAGAAGCUGUUGCAGUUUUUGCAGCAGGACCCUCACAGCCCCCAAAGCAAGCAUGCCCGCCGCCUCAUGAUGAUGCUACAGGGCCUGGUCAGCCACUAGUGCCCUGUGCUCCUGUUUGGCCAUCCUGAUGUCCCUCAGCACCUCCUUCUGCAAUCUUGGCGACGUUCACGCACUUCUGCACUGUCCCCGCUGCCUGUACAGCUGACCACGCUUUGCUGAGUAGCACAGACAGCCCUGAGUGGCUUUCAUGAUGGGACUUGUAGUCCAGACCCAGAGACCGUAAUGUUCUGUAUGAUAACACUGCACUACAUUUCCUUUUGAGCCCUCAGUUGCACCUCUUCUUUCAGAUAAUAACCCUCGUGGCACUCUCGAUCCAGCUUUUCUGUUCUGUUGUUUUGAGCUCCAUUUUCGUCAUCAUAUGAGAAAGUUCUACACAAAUCAUAGGAGCUUCUGUGUUAUCCUCACAAGACCAUGAGACUUUUAGCACUGAUUUUAUGUUUAUAAACUCCUUUCUUAAUCAAGUCAUUUGUGUUCAGAGGAAGCCACCAUAUCUGACUGCAGCCAGCAUUGGAGACGUAAUCCAUACAUUUUGCAUCAUUUUAGACCACAAAUGAUUGCAAAAAUGGGGAAAAAGGGUCCUGCUUUGUCAGUUCGUUCUCAUGUUAAAACGUCUUUUGCCAAAUAAGCAACACUUGGUUUAUGUAGAAGCUCAGAUUUUCCAGUGAAAGGCAUUUGGCUGUUUAACUUGCAGUGUUCAGGUUGGGUCUGCAGGGCGUAGACGUUUAUGUGGCGCUUAUCUGCAUCGAUAUUCUCUUGCUAUUUUUAUAUGCUGGUUCUCUGUGGUCUUUGUGAUGGUCUUUUUUUCUGUCUGCAGCCUUCCCUCAAGAGCGCUGUUUCUCAAUCACUUUCAUCACACAGAUUUAGUUUUGUUGUUCUCUCGGCCCCCCUUUACUUGAUUGAUGUUGAGCAGACCGACUGAAACCAGUAGCGAUGUUCAGCUCGGCUGAUUGUAUUUGUUUCAAGCUGAGCGACGUUAAUACGCUUGGAAACGCUGUUAAGUCAGAGAGAGGAUACUGCUUGCUCAGUGGAGUAAGGACACCUUUACAGAAAGUGCCUUAUCAGCUUAUUGCUCAUUGGUAAUCCCUGAUCCUCCAUCACAUGGGCCAUAUAGCUUUUUUGUUGUUGUUCGAGCUGAAUGUCAGAUCCCUAUGCGGUUUUUCGUUUUAGCUGGUGGCGAAGGCUCUGAAUGGGGUGGCCAGAUGUUGAUGCAGAAGUGUUUUUUUGUUUUUGAAGUGCUAUAAAUAGAUUUGGUCAUUGUUGGGGUUGUUCUUGUCGAUGUUCUCCCAAGUAAUUUUGCGAGUGCUGUUUAAAAGGCGAGUGGCUCCGGUUUAUUUUUUUAUUUAUUUUUUCUUUCUCAGAUUCAUCUCCAUCCGUAUGGUUCCUCGUCUUCUCCCCUACGUAGCCUAAAUGCGAAUGACGUCUGGCUUUACUCCUGUUCAGAUUUAUUGAUUGUGGGGAUCUGGAGCUGCUAUUAGGGAUGUACUAAUUUGAGAAUGCUGGCAUGCCCCUGAGGAAAGCCAUGCACAUUGGGAUUAACAUGCCUUUUGCCCCGAGGUUCUCAAGGCUGGUUGUGUUGGCCGUCAGAUAUCGGUUCUGUGUAAGACCCACAUUUAUCUCGUUUUCUUUCCUUAGGUCAUUUAUAUUAUGACGGUAUGUUUUUGUGCAUCAUCUCUUUAAAAAAAACAAAAGAAAAAAAAAAAAAACCCAAACGUGGUCGAAUAGUUUUUGAGUUUUUGUUUCUCACGUUUCUGUUCAGAACGCCCCUCGUGUUGUCCGCUACAGCAGAGACUCACCUUAAUCUUCUACCGCAGCUUUAGGCAGGUAAUCGCCGUGUAUAAUAAAUAAACUCACAUGGUUUUGAUGCUGUUGAAAUACUGUUUUAGUAAUGUUUGAUACCGAUCAGGGUUAAGCGUCAGUCAUGCAGAUGUGAAUGUCCGAGGCUUGCACAUAAAUGCUCUAUUAAACUUGUUUUUCCAAGUUCGCGUUUAAGCCCUAGCUCUUGUUUUGUGUACAACGAAUAUGGAUCAUUUGUAAUUUUUCCAUUGUUUUCAAUUUUGGUCCCUGUGCUUGGAUUAUUAUGUUGUAUAUUUUACACCCAUUUCUUUUACCCUAGAUGUUUUGGAAUAAAAAAAAAAAAAAUAUUUUGUUCAGUAAAAUGUUUGAUCAUUCAUUUUGCCUCCAAGAGCUCGAUUGGUAUCGAUCAGUUUACCCUGUAUGAGACGGGAAUAGUAAAGAAGGUGUUUACUGUAAUCUGACAUCUGCUGUUCUGUUUGUGCCAGCUUUGGACAUUUCUACAGAUUGGAUAUUUGGCUGUUUAACCACCUGAAUAAAUUGUGGUGCUGCUUUAAUGUUGUAAUACCCCGCUGGUUAUAUCCUUGUGUUGCAUGUCUUGUUCUCAUGCAGCUUUAAGUUUAAGAAGACAGCACCGUUCUCUGAGUGGUGGCUGCGCCUGAGCAAGUAAAGCCAUAUUUACCACCACGCUGA